CGACGUUGAUGCGGCCCAAUUCACUUCGACCGCAGCGCCGCCACAAUAUUUUUCGUCGUCGCGCGCCUCACCGCAAAGCAUGCGCCGCCCCAGCCGCUCGCCCCACUCACCCGUAAUCUAGUACCCUCUAGCCAGAACCACGGUGGGCUGGAGGGCUGGAGUAGCGCUGGCUAGAACGGCAAAUCGUAACAGAGGGGCAGCUUUAUUCUGUGGGGGCAGCAAGCCAGCGCCGGUGUAGUUAGCACAUUUGUGCAACCCGUUUCUGUCUUUUGCACCGCUGCUUUGCUACGCCGCGGCGACUGGUCUAGCCGAUCACGAAUUCGUAGCAGCGAAGUGCAGUCGCGAGAUAGCCACACGUUGCGCCGGUGAUACGUCCUGGGUGCGGGCGAGAUGUUUCGCCGAAAGCCACCGCUUCCGACGAGACCGACUCCUCCUACAUUCGAAGCAAUACAGGAGGACUUAAACAACACUUCCGAAGACGUCGUGUUUACACUUCUGCCAGACGGCAGCAACCUUGAUGCGGCCACUGACGGUGCUGUGGCCUCUGCGGACGAAAGCGACGGACCUAUGACGGCCGACGCUGCUUUUCUGAAAGUGAAACAUUUUAUGGAAAUGAGCGACAAGAUCGCUGGCCUUGCCGAAGUGCUGCAGAAGAAAACCGAGCACCUCAAGUCGGUGAGGGACGAUUUGCACAACGAGAUUGAAAGGGUAAAAAACUCUCUACAAAAUGUAAAACCUUAGUUGUUAUUGCUUGAACUGUUUACAUGUUACAUCAGUCCGGCAUCAUUUUUCUUUUUGUCUGUGUGUACAGCUCCAAGUGUACUGUUGCAUUUGCGCAUCACAACAGUUGUGCCGCCUAGUUCACGUGAUGUAUUAAAUGUGCUAAAACCCGA